CCUACGCGCGCGUGAAGAUAACAAUAGAAAGCGGCGUUUUGAACUUGACCCUGAGUUAUGUCAGAUCCCGGGAUCCCUCCGCCCACGUGGCAGCCUCCGAACGUUACCCUGGAGACCAGUAUGGGUACCAUAGUUGUGGAGCUGUACUGGCUCCAUGCACCCAAGACCUGCUGUAACUUUGCAGAACUGUCCCGGAGAGGGUACUACAACAGCAUCAAGUUUCACCGGAUUAUCAAGGGCUUCAUGAUCCAGGGGGGAGACCCAACAGCAACAGGCAGAGGCGGUGCAUCAAUCUACGGACCACAGUUUGAGGAUGAGAUCACCUCUGACCUGAAGCACACGGGCGCGGGAAUUCUGUCCAUGGCGAACAGUGGCCCGAACUCCAACGGAUCGCAGUUCUUCAUCACGCUCGCACCGACACAGUGGCUUGAUAACAAACACACCAUAUUUGGUCGUGUGUGCCAGGGGAUGGGCGUGGUGAAGAAAGUGGGGAUGGUUGAAACUGGGAACGAUGACAGACCAGUAGACGAUAUCAAAAUAGUUAAAGCAUAUCCCUCACAAUGAUACUGAUUGAGCUUGGGCAUGGGGGAAUCAAGGAUGUUCUACAGAAUGUCCAUGGGGGAAUCUACUCAUAUGGUCACUUUUGAUAUGUAUACAUGCUAAGACAUGUCUGAUUUUUGUUAAACAUUUGUAGGUAAACCAAUAAUGUACAUUCCAAACAUUUAUAGUAAAGAAUGAACCUGAGAUGAUGUCAUGGCAACCCUGCUGACUUAUGAUGGAACCCCAAAGAUGUGCAGUACAUUCUUGGCAGAGUGGAGGUUAACCCUGACCCACGAUAAUUAGUUUUCUUGUUGACUACCAAUUUCUUCUUACUUACCUACAUUUUGGUUGUCCUUCUGCUACCUUCUUCAGGACUGUACUGACUGGAGCUUCUAGCAACUUACUUGGUGGUGCUAUAGCUAGUGGGAACAAUGCAGUGCCAAACCCAAUACAGGCUUACCCAGGUAGUA